GGAUGCGUGGCAAUGUUUGGAAGUCUAGAUCUACAGCCACAAUUAAAGGAAUUGGUGGACUCAAUGGUUAGAACACUACGAUUCUUAAGUUGGAAAUCCUCUGCAGGCAAGUUUAUCACUGUGGACGUGAAGGUUGAGGAAUUCAAAAAUAAGUUAAGUUGCCAAAGAAAUGAUACUACAAGUAAAGAAUAUUGUUAUGGUGCUGAAGAGAUUGGUCAAUUCUUGGAGAAGAUUGGUUUUCGAAAAGGCACAACUGUCUAUUUAACUCAAACUGAAUGGCAUGAAAGUCUCCAACCAUUGAGAAAAUAUUUCCCAAAUACCUUUACCAAGGAUGCAGUAAUGCCUAUUGAUCUCAAGGCAAGAUACCUUGAUUCGGGAAAUUUUGAGUAUGAAAAGUUCAUCGACUUCUACCUUUGCAUGCAUAGUGAUGUUUUUGUAGCCACAACUAUGAAUAUGUUCUACAAUAAUGUUGCCGAGAUGAGGAUUGCCUCAGGAAAGACACAGAUUCUUAUUCCUGCUAAAAAAUUGUCAACCUCAGCAGCCGAUUAUCUUUCCCCUCAUAUAUUGAAAAAAAAUCAUAUGGCGUAUUCAUGCUUAUGCAAAAUCUAGGAAGCAAGUUAUUUCAAA